UCUCAAAUCAUUUCAUUGAGAAAGUGAGUGUCAGUUGUGAGGAUAUGGAAUAAUCUCAAAAGAUUUCAUUUUAUGGAUUUAGAAAGAAAGACAUUGAGCUGAAAUCAGCUGUGAUUGAACAAGAAUGUACGGAAUAUAUCAUGACAAUCCACUGGAGCUCCGAGACCCACGGGGAAGGAGGGUGAAAGAGAGGAAGAGGAGAGAGAGACAAAGGAAACUGGAAGCAAUACAAAGAGAUGAUGACAGUGAUGACGGGCUGUACCACAGUUCAUUGUUGGACGGCCUUGACCUUGAUGGUGUACUGGGUCAGCAGUUGGUCAUGUGGUCAUACAAAGACCCAGAUACCCUCAACCUGUACACACCGGUCAUCAGUGAUGACCUGUCAACAAUUCUACGACUGACCAAGGAGACUCUUCAGUACGACCAAAGGAUCCAUAAGUUGAUGAUGCUGAAACCCGGAACCAACCAUCCCAUGGACAUCUCCCAGUUCUACAAGGUGGAAUCUGGGGCAGCCAUCUUGAUUAUGCCAAAAGAGUUGGUGAAGGUCAAUAUUGAAAUCAAACAGCUGAACAUGAAAUUUGAGAUGGAGGUCGAAUUAUUUAUGACAGUUCUUCAGUUGAAGUUUCGACUCCAACAGGAAAGGGGCUUAGCCAUGGAGAGACUUGAUUUAUUGUUCAAGGAUCAGCCAUUAGAAAACAGGCAAUACCUUUUCAACUAUAGGAUAGGAAAGAGUUCAACUAUCUUUGUCAUGGUGCAUAUACUGUAUGAUAUGUUAGUCCAUGUUGAGACUUUCUGGGGCAGCACAUACCAUUUGUAUCUGGACCCGUGUAUGACUGGAAUGAAUGUUAUUUGGACAGUGUUACGACGAACAGUGACCAAGAACACACCGGACAUCAUGGCCCUAUUUGACCUGUAUCUACCCAAACACACUCUAGUAUUAUACCACAAGCGGAAGGUAGUCAACUGGAGCACUUGCCUCGGAUACUACCGAGUAGAUGACAAUGAUACGCUGAAACUAUCAACCAUUGGCCUGUACCACAAACUGAGUGUUCAGAAAAUGCCAAUUACUGAUGAUGCAGGCAAAGUUCACACAGUCAAAGUGUCCCAGUUUGACCGAUGGUCUACAGUUGCUCUAAAACUGCAUGGAAUCAUUGGAGUAUCCGUGAAUCUGAUCCGCAUCUUCAGAGGCGGCAAAGAGGUGGACUUUUCUGAAACACUUAAGAAACAAACAUACAGGACACCUGCUAUCACUAUGGAUUUAAGUCUGUCAAAUGCUGACCCGGACGUUUUGUAUGGAGUCUCAUUGAAAUUCAAACUGGGUGAUGAUGUGACCGAGAUCCUAAAAGUUUCAUCCAAGAGAUCUGUACGAUCAGUGAAAGCCAUCUUGGAACAACUCGGUGUCCCGAAUGCUUCUGUGUAUGAUAUGUACUUGGGUGACUAUAAACUUUCAAACAGAGAAAGAAUAGUCACAGCUGUGGAGGAUCUCAGGACUCACGUCAACCUCAAACUGACUCAGUAUCCAGUGUUCAUCCAUACAACCCAGAAUGUCAUCUACAAGAUGCAUGCGUAUGCUCAGGAAACAGUGGCAGCCUUUAAGAAACGAGUAGAGAUGAAGUCAGGGCUGUCUCUCUCAAACUACAAACUAACAUUAGCUGGUGAGGAGUUUGAUGAGGGAGAUGAGCUGGCUGUGUUCGAUACCAGGAUAGGAAUCAAAUCCUCUCUGUUCCUCAGGCCGAGGCUGUACUGUGAUGUCUUCUUCAUCCUGUACGACAACUACCUUCUUAAGGUAAAGGUACCUCCCAAGCCGAAAGCUAGAGACAUUAAGCAGCUUCUGUGGAAAGAGAUGGCUCUUCCUUCAGGAGCCCUAGCUUCUGUGGGUACAUUCCUCCAAUGGUACUACACUGGUCGAAGCAGUCCCACAUUUGCUCAUGGAGGAAGAAGAGCUGGAGCUCCUAGAGGGUACCAUUUUGUUGAUCCUUCUGCAGCCUUGCAACCGCGACAGGUUGAGGAUUAUGAAGAUCUGCAGGAUGACAUAAGACAGAUGCACAGGAGGAAGGAAGAUUUUGAACAGACUUAUCCAUACAAGCCAGAGAAAGCAGAGUCGGAUCCUGUCAUGAAGAUGUUCAAUGAGAAGGAAAGGUUAUUUGACAGACUUAAGGGAAGAUCUUUCUCCUAUCCUGCCAAGCUCUUUCCAUCUUAUGAAUCAGUCAAACAGAAGAAUAAACAUGCCAGGAAGCAUAAAGGUCAUGGGUCAGCAGAUGACUAUGAGAGGAAGAGGUUGAAGAGAAGAGCUCAUGGGCAGCCAAGAUGGUUCAACAGCUUUGACAAGAGGAGAAACAAAAAGUUGAUGGCUCCUCGCAGUCAGGAAGAAAUCUACCACUUAAGGAAACUAAUGGUCAAUGCUUGAACCAAUCUUGGAGAAAAACACCAUCACAUCUCUCACAUAAUCUUGAAGAGUCUCCUGAAACAUUGUGCCUUGAUUCUGUUUGAAUCAAAAUCAGGGAUGGAAUCAAAAUCAGAUGGAAACAUAAUCAGACAAAUUGAAGGAUCAUAAACGUCAACUAUUGAUCCUAAAGAGGUAAUGACAAUAUCAGAUGUGUGGAAAACAUUGUCCAUAAACUGUGCACUGCCAGGAAUCAUUUCACAACAUCCAAGUCAAGCCAUGAAGAAAAACUAAAGUGACUGUAUCUGUAUUUGUGCAUGUGGGGAACAGGCAGUGGAUCUUGAUCUUACCUCCUUUCCUAAUUCAGUUGGCAUAAUUAAGUUAAAACAUUCACCAUUCACAAAAUGACUCUUGUGUGAUGGCUACAAUGCAUUAACACCAUUGUAUAAUCCUGUAGGAUAUCACUGGGAUAUUGCAAACAGUGGUGCAGAAAACAGCUUGUUUCUCUCACUCAUUCACCCAAUAGUUAAUCUGGGAAUAUCAAAUUGUGCAAGGUUUGCAGAAAUGAUGGAACAACACAUCUUUGUGACAUGUGCAAGAUGUGAACUGGGUUAAUAUGUGAAUGAAUCCUACUUGCCCAAGGAAGUGUUCUGGAUUACAAACAACAUAUUGUUGAGGUCUUCAAUGGAAAGGCUAUUGUCAGUCAAAAUAUACUACUAGAAUGAAAACAAUCUUAAUGAACCAUCCAAAUUCCACAACAAAUAUAUAAGACAAAAAUGUUGUAGUACUUGACGAAACCAAUAUCCGUUUUUUUAACACUGAGUUCAGAAUUGAUAAAACGAUAAAAGCAUUUUGAAUUUGAAUUUUGUGUCAAAUCCUUUAAUUGCUGUAUUUCAAGAAAUAUAAAAGAUAAAAUAUUAUUGAAUGCUUGAUUCCAAUAACCUUUCCAAACAGAUGACCAGUGACAGAUUCUGUGUUGUGUUGAAACAACUGCAAGUCUUUGAUGGUGAACAGAAAAAUGAGUAAGAAACGUGAAUGAAAAACAUGUUCAUGUGUAUAAAAUUGUGAACAGUGUGAGGUUAGACAUCUAGAUAUUCACAUUGU